ACGUUUUCGAAUAGUUCGAUAUCGAACACGACAUUCGAAAUGUCGAAUAAUUUCACCGAGUACGCCGAAAUUCCGUAUUACAUAAAAGCGACGUCGAUGACUUUUUGCAUAGUGAUUAUGUGCUUGGGCGUGAUAGGCAACGUGAUGGUGCCUAUAGUGAUAUUAAAGACUAAGGAUAUGAGGAAUUCCACGAACAUUUUCCUGGUUAACUUAAGUAUAGCCGACCUGAUGGUGCUCCUGGUGUGCACGCCAACUGUUCUCGUCGAAGUCAACUCGAAACCUGAAACAUGGGUGCUUGGGAAGGAACUUUGCCUAGCAGUUCCAUUCGUAGAGCUAACGGUCGCCCACGCAUCUGUACUCACGAUACUGGCGAUAAGCUUCGAAAGGUACUACGCGAUAUGCGAGCCGCUACGCGCCGGGUACGUCUGCACCAAGACUCGCGCCACGCUCAUAUGUGCCUUGGCGUGGUUCUUCGCUGCACUAUUUACUAGUCCAAUCCUGGCGAUAGCUGAGAUGCACACAGUGGCGAGGCAAGACGGAACCUCCUACCAAUGUCUCACCCAAGCCGUCACGUUCUGGCAAAUCACAUUCUUCAUCAUGAUAAUCGUUUUCCUCUAUCUUCUACCCUUAAUCAUUCUUAUCGUUUUAUAUACUAUUAUAGCUAAAAAUUUAAUAUCAGCCGCCUCAAAAGUAGUUUUAAAUAAGACUGUAGACCCGUAUAACGCUAGAGCAAGAAAGCAAGUUAUCUUAAUGCUUGGCACUGUAGUUCUAUGCUUCUUCCUCUGUUUAAUGCCAUAUAGGGUCCUCGCUCUUUGGAUCAUAAUUACUCCCUCCGAACUGUCAGACAAUGUCAGUCCAGAAAAGUGGUACAAUUUACUUUAUUUCUCUAGAAUAAUGCUGUACAUAAACUCUGCUAUUAAUCCCAUUCUGUAUAAUCUUAUGUCGUCGAAGUUUCGUAUCGGCUUUUGCAAAAUAUGCAUCUGCUAUAAGAGGCCUAAGGAAAGGAUUCAGAAUAGAAGAGUUCAUAGGACAGUUACAAAUGGUUCAACGACUAGUAGUAGUUUGACAAGAACAACGAAUAGUUUGAAGAAAUUAUUUUCUCAUAGAACUAGUUUAGAUAAAAGUGACACAGAAGCAGACAGCAAAGACGAGAAGGAGACAACCGUUAAGACUAAUGGAUUCUUUGACAGAAUGUUUACGAACAGGCGAUUUGUCCGCCAGCAGUCAGCCCCUGUCUGUUCCAAUCCAAAAACGAAGGUCAUUAGCAGAAUGAAGAGUGAAGGUAGCAUGCUCGAGACAGAAGAUAAGAAAGAGUGUAUAGAAACCACGAAGUUUAUAGGACAUUCCAAUAUUAAUGGUAAAAAUAGAUCGGAUAUUGAAUUGGAACAGUCCAUUCGUAGCCACGGAUCGCUGAGACGUAGUGUUUUAAUAAAUAGCGCAAAAGCGAAGAGCGUGGAGGGCGACCCUAAUAAAAAGUUUGUCUCUUACCAAACGAUAAAAGUGGAUUGCGUCGUUGGCUUCCAAAAGUCUAAGAGUGUUCCUAUCCUGGGAGUGGCUACAUUCACCUACGAGCGCUAUAACGACGGCACGGAGGUACCUGUCUGCCUCACACAAGCUGACACCUUCUGGUCAGCGUUAUUCUUCAUCCUAAUCAUCGCAAUCUUCUUCAUCAUUCCUCUUGGAGUACUUCUCGUUCUCUACAGCGUCAUCGCCAAAAACCUCAUGGAGAAUCCCGUCAUCAUCUCCCAAAACAGCAAGAGUACGAACAACGCUGGAAACGUAUUAAGAUACAGAAAACAAGUUAUUCUAAUGCUUGGUACAGUUGUUCUCUCUUUCUUUAUAUGUCUUCUUCCCUUUAAAGCUCUGACUCUAUGGAUCAUAGUAUUCCCACCAGAGACAAUAUUGUCAUUAGGUAUAGAUGGUUAUUAUAUACUUCUUUAUUUUUGUAGAGUUAUGCUGUACUUAAAUUCAGCUAUCAAUCCAAUAUUGUACAACUUAAUGUCGUCAAAAUUCAGGGAAGGUUUCGUUAAGUUAUUAAAGAUAAAUAAAUUGAUGAGAUGCAGUAGGAAUUUAAGGGCAAAUAUGCAAAGGAGAGACACCUUCAAUACAACCACUUCAACAGGUUUUUCGAGUAGUCAAAACACAUCUGAUUCAUUUUGGAGGAGAUAUAGUAAUAGAGCCUCAUCCCAAAAAUAUUUUGUUAAUCGAGAUAGUAAAAAAUUAAAAGAAGUAAAAGAAAUAUUAGACCCUAAAGUACAACAAAUCAAAAUAGGUGAAAUUAUAAAUGUUGAAAAUACGAGACGUAACAGCAUGAAAUUUAUAUCAGCAUUAAAUGAAUUAAAUGACGCUUUGGGUGAAAUAAUUAAUGAUGACGAUAAUUUAAGUACAACAGAGAACAAUAAACAGAUACAAAUAUUAAAUUUAGAUGUUAAAACUAAUAAUGUAUAUUCCUUGACGUUGGACGUAAAUGAAAAGUCUGAUGGUAGCAGGUUUGUUUGUGUGUCUGCGCAAGAGAGCAAAAAUAUGUUUGUAUACGACUUUAAAAGUAACGAAAGUUUUGUUUAAGCGUAGUACUGUGUAUAUUGUAAUUUAGUGGUGCGUUUGGCUACGAGCCAAGUAAAUCAAUGCAUUUAGUUGGUUAUAGAGUAAUUAUCGAAAAUUAUAUCAUAAGUUCCUAUAGAUUCAAAUUUUUAUACAUAAAUAUGAUAUUUGACAAUAGAAGUAUAUAUGUAGAAGAAAUGUAAAAGUCUAUAGAUUAGUAUUUAUAUAAGAUAUAUAUUAAUUUUUCUAAUAAUGAAAUUGUAAUCAACACUGCCUUCUUUAUGUGCUACGUUAAAUAAAUGUUGAAACAAUUAAAAAAAAAAA